UUUCAAACCCAUCGUUUCGUAGGAAAAAUCCAAUGGAAAGAAAUUUGAUAUUCGCCUGGAUUCUGAUCCUCUCCUCGGCCACCGUACAAACUUGUUGCCAUGGCUAUUACUCCGACAGCGUGCCAUAUGUUCCCUCCCCAAAAAAAGUAACCCAUCUCCACUUCUUUUUACACGACACACUCACCGGAGAGAACCCUUCUGCUGUUUUAGUUGCCCGUCCAAACAUAACGAUAUUCCCCGACAACGCAUUUAUGCCCUUCGGCACCGUGUUGGCCGUAGAUGACCCACUCACCGUUGGUCCCGACAUUACAUCAGAGGUCAUCGGAAAUGCCCAAGGCCUUUCGGUAUUGGCUAGCCAACACGCGUUGUCUCUGGUAGUGUACUUGGAUUUCGGGUUUACACGGGGCGAAUUCAACGGCAGCUCGUUCAGCGUAUUCUCAAGGAACACUAUAACGGUGGCAAAUCGAGAGCUUACGGUGGUCGGAGGAAGAGGGAAGUUCAGGUUGGCGAAAGGGUUUGCAGAGCUUAAAACUUAUAGCAGAUCCGAAGGCGGUAACGCGGUUGUGGAGUAUAACGUUACUCUCUUCCAUCAUUAGGAUGGCAUUUUGAUUGCUCUCUUUUCGAUCUGUGCUGAAAAAUAAAGAAAACCAAGUUUGUUCGUCUU